AUGAGUGAUAAAGUGAAAGUGGGACCUUUGAAGGGCAAAAAAAGAGCCCAAUCUGGUGCAGUACCUGUGAAAAAGGCUGAUCCAGUGAUAAGCGAUGAGGCUGGUGAGACUGGCUCAGAUGCCAGUUCUGAGGAAGAGGAGAUUGAAGAGGAAGUGGAGGAGGAAGUGGAAGAAGGUGACGACUUUCCAUUGAAGAAGAAAUCGAAGAAGAGUAAGCAUGAUGAUGGUUCUGCAGAGUUCUCCAGUGCUGUGAAUGCCAUUCUUUCAUCUCAUUUGAAGGCAUAUGAUAGGAAGGACCCUAUUAUGGCAAGAAAUAAGAAAGUGCUGAAGAAGAAUGAUUCGGAUAAGUUAGAUCAACAGGCCAAGAGAGCUUUGCUAGUAGAGAAAAAGAAGCAACUAGGCAAGGCUAGGAAGAAGGAGAUCAUCCCCAUGGCCACCGAUGAACAAGCUGGCGGUGAGAUCAGAAUUCUGCUCGAAAAAGAGACUAAGUUGAGGAAGAUAGCAAGAAAGGGUGUUGUCAAGCUUUUCAACGCCAUACUCUCGACUCAAGUGAGCACAACAAAAGAAGUGGAGGCGAACCUGGGGGACGUAAAGAAUGUGCCCGAGAGGGAGCAACUGAUAACUGAGGUAUCGAAGGAGAAGUUCCUGGAUAUGGUCAAAGCUGCCGCAGAAGAAGAAUAA